UAAAACACACACAACGAACUAUUUCCAUAAUUGUUUUAUUUUGCCUACGGUCACAGUCCUUGUUUCAAAUAGUUACAAUUAUGCAGCGAGUUUUGUGAGAAGAGAGUCGCGUGUACUACUCCCGUGCGCGCGGGAAGGUUUGGAGGGAGGAAUCGGCUGGGCUGCCUCUCCUCGUCAUAAAUCAACAGCGUGAGGUGGGCAACUGACGGGGACGCUCGCUGCUCGGAAGGGGUCCUCAUCAUCAUCGCACUCGGCUCCCCAGUUCCCGCCGCAACAUCAUUCCCAUAAGGCGAAACAUCUGGGAACUUUUGGACAACACCGAUUUUGAGCAGGAGACAAACUAUUUGAACACUUUUGAGGACUAGCAACGCCGUGCUUUUUUUUCUCCUUGGGACCAUGGGGGCUAAACAGUACAUUGCAUUUUGGAUGUUAUUUUCUGUGUGGCAGAAUAUCUGCAUUUGCGAGCCGCUGGAUAAACAGGAUAUGCAAGUGAUCGACCUGAUGGCGCUGUCGGACCUGAAGCAGACGGUGGCGGCGGUGGAGAAGGUGGCGGGGGCCAUGAAGACCCAGAGUGACAUCUACGUGGCGUCCACGCUGCGCAUCCCCAACAAGCUGGGCGGAGUCCUGCUCGGCCUCUACAGCAAGCAGGACAACAAGAAGUUCAUCGAGAUCGCCAUCAUGGGCAAGAUCAACAAAGUCUUGGUGCGCUACGUCAGGCAGGACGGCAAACUUCACACCGUCAACCUGCAGAACGCCAACCUGGCGGACGGCCGCACCCACUCCAUCAUCCUGCGGGUGGGCGGCCUGCGACGCGAGAACCUGCACCUGGAGCUCUACGUGGACUGCAGGCUGGCCGACUCCGGGCAGCGCCUCCCCCAGCUGGUGCCCCUGCCCUCCAACCCCGAGCUCGUGGACAUCCGCAACGGAGUCAAGGCCUACGCUCGAGUUCAGGGUGGUGUGGACUCCUUGAAAUUUGCACUUGGGGGCAGUGUGGCUCAGGCUGGAGCUCUGACUGACUGUCCUUUCCAGGGAGACUCGGGAACAGCCUACAACGCAGUUAACGGAGAGAUGAACUCCAUACUUGGGGAUCACACGAAGGCUCUGAUAGGUCAGCUGAUCAUCUUCAACCAGAUCUUGGGGGAACUCAGAGAGGACAUCAGGGAACAGGUGAAAGAAAUGUCUCUGAUCAGAAACACUAUUUUGGAGUGCCAAGUAUGCGGUUUCCACGAGGUUCCUGCUCCUGUGGCUUCACGGUCACGUUGCUCCCCCAGCCCCUGCUUCAAGGGCGUACCCUGCAUGGAGAUUGUGGAGUUCCCUGGAUACCGCUGCGGACCCUGCCCCGACGGAACCAGGGGCAACGGAACACACUGCCAGGACAUCGAUGAGUGCUUCCUAGCUCAGCCCUGCUACUCCAGGGGGGGCUGUGUCAACACGGCCAAGGGAUUCGCCUGUGAACCCUGCCCUCCAGGCCUCUGGGGGCCGCCACUGACUGGGGUCGGCGUGGAGUUUGCCAAGAGUCACAAACAGGAAUGCAUGGACAUUGACGAGUGUGUGGAAGUCAGCAAUGCCUGCACCCCCAACUCUUUUUGCACAAAUACUAUUGGUUCCUACCUAUGUGGAGGUUGUAAGGUUGGCUACAUGGGCAACCAGACAGCAGGCUGCCACCCGCGGAGGACCUGCGCCUCUCUGGACUUCAACCCCUGUGACAGCAAUGCCCACUGCAUCAUCGAGAGGAACGGAGACGUAUCCUGUGCAUGCAAUGUGGGCUGGGCAGGUAAUGGCAACACCUGUGGCAAGGACACGGAUAUCGACGGCUACCCCGACCGCUCACUGCCCUGCAUGGACAACAACAAACACUGCAAACAGGACAACUGUGUGUUGACACCAAACUCGGGUCAGGAGGACGCUGACAACGACGGCAUUGGGGACCAAUGUGACGACGACGCAGAUGGAGAUGGCAUCAAGAACGUGGAGGAUAACUGUCGACUGGUGGCCAACAAAGACCAGCAGAACUCCGACACGGACUCCUUCGGGGACGCGUGCGACAACUGUCCCAAUGUCCCCAACAUCGACCAGAAGGACACGGAUGGCAACGGGCAAGGAGACGCGUGUGACAACGACAUCGACGGAGAUGGUGUCCCUAAUGCCCUGGACAACUGUCCCAAAGUGCCCAAUCCCAUGCAGACCGACCGAGACAGGGACGGUGUGGGAGACGCCUGUGACAGCUGUCCUGAGACCAGCAAUCCCAUGCAGUCGGACAUUGACAACGACCUGGUGGGAGACGUCUGUGAUACCAAUCAGGACAGUGAUGGAGAUGGCCACCAGGACUCGAGGGACAACUGCCCCGACGUCCCCAACAGCUCCCAGCUGGACUCAGAUAACGACGGCCUGGGAGACGACUGUGACGAGGACGACGACAACGACGGCAUCCCCGAUAACGGGGUGUGGGGCGGGCGCGGACCGGACAACUGCCGGCUAAUCCCCAAUCCCAACCAGAAAGACUCCAAUGCUAACGGUGUCGGUGACGUGUGUGAAAACGACUUUGACAAUGACUCUGUGAUGGACGAGGCCGACGUGUGUCCCGAGAGUGCAGAGGUCACGCUGACGGACUUCAGGGCCUUCCAGACCGUCAUCUUAGACCCCGAGGGUGACGCUCAGAUCGACCCCAACUGGGUCGUCCUUAACCAGGGAAUGGAGAUCGUUCAGACAAUGAACAGUGACCCAGGGUUGGCUGUGGGAUACAUUGCCUUCAACGGGGUAGAUUUCGAGGGCACGUUCCACGUCAACACGAUAACGGAUGACGACUACGCCGGCUUCAUCUUCGGCUACCAGGACUCCUCCAGCUUCUACGUGGUCAUGUGGAAACAGACGGAGCAGACGUACUGGCAGUCGGUUCCCUUCCGGGCCACGGCAGAACCUGGACUGCAGCUCAAGGCGGUGAAGUCUCGUACAGGUCCUGGCGAGUACCUGCGUAACGCCCUGUGGCACGCGGGAGACACGGAGGGCGAGGUGAAGCUGCUGUGGCAGGACCCGCGCAACGUGGGCUGGAGCGACAAGACCUCGUACCGCUGGCACCUCAGCCACAGGCCCCAGGUGGGCUACAUCAGGGUGCGUCUGUACGAGGGCACUGAGAUGGUGGCGGACUCCGGAGUGCUGGUGGACACGACCAUGAGGGGCGGCAGGCUGGGAGUCUUCUGCUUCUCACAGGAGAACAUCAUCUGGUCCAACCUGCGCUACCGCUGCAACGAUACCAUUCCAGACGACUUCAACCGCCAUCGUGAAGGUGAAAGAACCAUGAUGCACAUAAAAGUGUGAACAGGAGGGACAGUUUGAGGAUGGUUUGAGUGAGCGAGCGAGAGAGAGAGAGAGAGAGAGAGAGAGAGAGAGAGAGAGAGAGAGAGAGAGUGAGUAUGGAGAAUUAAAAUGGCCACCGCGCCCUGGAUGGACAACAGAAGACUUGCACUGGCCUCCCAUGGCAUCCACUGGGCCUGUAUACCAGCUACUUGGAGUGUAAGAGGGCCGUCUUUCUUUAAAGGUGCACUGUGUAAUAUUGUUAGUUGUUUAUUUCCAGAAUUCAUGCUGCCCAUUCACAAAUGUUACCUUUUUCAUGAAUAAUUAUCACCACCAUCAAAU